AUGACAGACUUUAUGAUCCACGAGAACGGAGUCCGGCUGGGAGAAAAGCGGACACCAACCCAAGAUACACAUAUCCCCGUUCAUCUGCCCCAAUUAUUCGUGCUGUUUCUGUCCGAGAACCCUGUGGUCAAUCCGCACUACGAAGAGGUGAGGAAGGAAUCCGAAGAAUGGCUGGCCAAUGAAUGCUCCUUUGAUGAGAGAUCACGGCGCAUCCUGCAUAAAACUGAUUUCUCGUACUUCUGUUCCGUCGCAGCGCCGGAUGCUGGGCCGGAGGAAUUGCGCACUACCCGAGUACUAAGCUCAUCUCUGGCAGUGUUCGACAACGGAGGCCUGAAGGACGAUUCUGCGCGGGCCCAGCAGCUCAUCGAUAGUUUACUUGCCGGGAUGGGGGAGAGUGCUCAGCUGCCCUCUGAGGCAGACAGUCCCCUGGUUCGAGUUCACAACACAGUAUGGCAGCGUGUGGCUCAGGCUUCUCCCGUUGCCACAGGAGUCCGACGCAGGUUCGCCUCUUCAAUGGGAGAUUACUGCAGGGGCAGCAUAGAACAAGUCCGCACUUGCUCCAUGGGCCGCUACCCAUCUCUGGACGAGAUGCUGGCGUUGCGUAGGCAGUCAGCGGGCGUUACGCCUCUUUUCGCUUUGGUCGAAUACGCGCACAAGCUGGACCUCCCGGACAAUGUCUUCGAGUGCAAAAGUAUCAAGGAGAUAGAACGUAUUGGAGUUGACCUUGUUCUUCUACAAAACGAUAUACUCUCCUACUGCAAGGAAGAGAAAGAAGGCGUAACGCACAACGUCGUCGCGGUAUGCCGUCACUCUGGCAUGCCGGCGCAAAUGGCAUUCAACCAUAUCGGCAAUAUGCUCGUCGCUCGGUAUAGGGACUGGUAUCUUGCAUUGGCCGAGCUUCCGAGCUGGGGUGAGCAUGUCGAUGCUCAAGUGCAGCAAUAUAUUCGGGGCGUGCAGAAUGUCGUGACGGCUAAUUUGAAUUGGAGCUUUCGAUCAGGACGGUACUUUGGAGAUGCAAAGGAUACUGUGCGACGCUCCAUGAUUGUAACGGUCAAGCGGCAAAGUGCAGAUGUUUGA